AUGCUGAUGUGCGUAGUUCUAGUUGACAUUGGUUUGGCUGCUUUCGUAUAUCCUCUAGAAGUGAACGGUUUUGAAAAAUCAGGAAAUUCCUUCGGAAUUGCUUCUCAUCCGUCAACCAGCUGUGCCGAUUUGGCCUGUAUUGUUGGACCUCCGGUAGGCAAUACGGAUUCCAAAAGUGGUUACUCAUCUGCUGCAGCUUCAACGCAUUCAUCCACCAGCCACCUGGUCCUUCUCCAAGCCCCCUCUCCGUCCGGUUCUGGAGACUAUAGUGUCUCAGCCAGUGCCCAACUGUGUCUUCCUCCUUCGGCACAGAUAUUCACAAGCUAUUUGAAAACUAAUUUAGGCCAUCUGUUCAAAACGGUUCAGUCGAACGGACGUGUGGCGAUUACCUCCCAACCGAACGCGAUUCGAUGGUCCCCCUAUCAGCAGGCUGCUCAAAUAGCUGUCGCUUUUGAUGCUGGAAUUCUUGGUUGGGAUAUUCGAUCGAUGAAACCGUGUUACUGGUUAGAAGCUGCGCAUUGGCCAUGUGUUCGUGAUUUGGAUUUCAACCCGCACUGUCCAAAUCUGCUGGUAACCGGUGGUGAUGAUGGAUGUGUACGAUUGUGGGAUUUGCGUUUUCUCAAGUCCAAAUUGCACCCAAGUGAUCCGGGAAGCGAAACGAGCGCUUCAACACAAACCGCGUUACGUGGACGUUCAGGUUGGCCUUCCUGUCUGAGCACAGAAGUGGCCACGGAACCGCUUUAUUCUAUUCAGUCCCAUUCUCAUUGGGUAUGGUCUGUUCGAUAUCAUCCGACCCGGGAUCAAUUGCUUCUGUCUGCCGGCAGCGAUUCUCGAGUGUGUUUGUACAAUUUGUCUCAAUUCUCAUCCGACGUCCUACUCGGUGAUAUGGGCUCUACACGAGCCGAGAAAAAAACAGAUCCCUUGAAUACUGCCGUGGACGUGGAUCAUACUUCAUUGAAGACCUUGGAUAGCGAUGGUGGUAGCGAUCGACGAGACAAACUUCGUGACGGACUGAUUGCCCGAUUGGAACAGCACGAGGACAGUGUGUAUGCAGUCGAUUGGAGUCCCGUAGACCCGUGGUAUUUCGCUUCGGUCAGUUACGAUGGCAAUCUGCUGAUCAAUCAAGUUCCCGAGCCGGUCAAAAUGCACAUUUUGCUUCAGUCCAAGGUAGACGAUGAAGAAGAAGAAUAG